AUGGAUAAUAUUCAAGAGUUGAAGCCUCGAAAGCUAUGGUCUGAGAAGGAGGAUAACGUGUUGCGAACCGAAGUCGCCAGACAGGCGGAGCAUGGAAAGGCGAAAGAUUGGCGGACAAUUGCUGAAAAGCUUCCCGGCCGAAGUAAUAAAGAUUGCAGGAAACGUUGGAUCAAAUUGGAUGGCCCGGUAAAAAAGGGCCCGUGGAGCCAAGAAGAGGACCAGCGUCUUCAUAAGGCAGUUUUGCUCCAUUCGAAUGUCUGGACGGAAGUUGCGCAAGUCGUAGGCACACGGCAUGCCGAUCAGUGUGCUAAACGCUGGCUGCAUUUCCUUAGUCCCAAUUUAAAUCAUGGUGAGUGGAGUGAGCAAGAAGAUGAGCGUCUCUUAGCUGCAGUUGAACGAGGUGGACGCAACUGGAGGAAAAUUGUGGAUGAAAUACUUCAGGGGCGAUCAGCCACGGACGCUAAAAACAGGCACGCAAUCCUCCAGAGAAACAGAAAAAAUGGUACCGGGGCAAGUUCGGACCGUCAAAGACCUUCAUUUUCUCGGCGUCGCAGAAAUGGCACUACUUUCGAGAUCUCCGAGAACCAUGAUACAACUAAUUGGUGGUCAACAGGUUCAAUGGAUUUCAUGAGGGAUAUCCUCCAUUAUAACUCUCCUGCCUGUUCGGUUGGGCCAGCAAUUCCCAGUGGCAGUAAUUUCGAUGCGCUUCUUAUGGAACAACCUAAUCAGAUGUUUGGUUCGCCGCCUGGGUCAACUUUAAUGCAUGAACACCCACAGAUCUAUGGGGCCCCUGGGGAAUUAUCCGGGUGGCAUGUAAUUCCGGGUAGCCAUCCCUACCAAAUGGAAACAAACGAUCGUGAUAUUGAAAUUCCAACUGGCCGUAUUCCUAAUUCAUUCGAGAAUACUAGUGAUGAUAACGCGGGAAUAGCUGAUACAUUCUUCGAGGCGUUGACGACCAUGGCCGAUAUGGAGGGAGCAGGUGGCCUAUACACACCAUCGGCCUCUUCUCAUUCAGUUGACUGUCUUCCGUUGACUCGGGAAGCGGAGAGUGCAAUCACCCAGGAUGAAAGAGCGCAAGCUGAUGAGGAAUAUGGAGAGGAGGACGAUGACGACCACAUUGAAGGAAUAACAAUUGAGAAGAAUGAAGCUGUUCUUAUCAAUAGUGCAUACCAGGGCCAAUCUAUGCCCUCCAUAGAAGAGAUUCUGGGGACAGUUUCAAAGGAAAAUCGCAAAAGCACGAUGAUUUUGCAGCACAUGCAGUCAGAUCAGGUUGGGCAAGUGCUGGAGUUCCUGUUGUCCUCAAAUUCAUCUGUAGAUGUCAAGAUCAUUAGCGAGGAUUAA